CAAAAGUCCAAAAGUAGUCGUUACAAAGAGCGUCAAUGUCUCUCAAACGUUCUCUUUUUCUUCCACUCUUUCCCUGCCGUCGAUGAUCUUCUGAUAAACUGAAUCCCCCGGUCAUCUCUCUCCACAACGAAUCUCCUCCUUAUUCCGGUGAUUUUCCGAUGGAACGGAACGGCAAGAACGCCGGAGCAGUGCCACUGACACCAUCGAAGUCAAAGCAUUCCAGCAAGUCAAAGCUACCAGAGAAUGUACACCCUAACGUUACUAGCCCUAAUCCGAAGGCCUUGCAUUCUCCAUCAGUCAAAUCAGCGACUAAAUUCCAGAAAUCGGCGAUGAAGAAACCUAAUCAGGUCUCUUCGCCUUCUCCCAAGAACAAGAUUCGGGAGAGGAAGUUUGUGGUAGCGAAGAAGAAUUCGAAUAGAGACAAUGAUAAAUCCCGGAUUUCAGUCGAUUGUAAGUGUAAGGCUAGUGGUAAUUUGGACAAAUGUUUGUGUGUUGCUUAUGAGACUCUUAGGGCUUCUCAGGAAAGGUUUUUCAAUCGGAGUGAAGUUGUUGUACAAGAAGAAAACUCUAGUUUACCUUUAGGUGUUCAAGGAAAAUCCGAAGAAGAUGACGUUUUUGAGACGUCCGGUGAUAAGAGGAGAAGGGAGAAACUAUUAGAUGAAGCAAGAAAGAGUAUUCCUGAACCUAGAUCUGGAAGAGUUUUGCAUUUGGUCAAGGCCUUCGAGAAUAUUCUCACGUUACCAGAUUCAAAUGAGGAUGAACUUGAAGAUCAGACAAACAGCAAUCCUGAGAGACGAUUCUCUUCCACUUCAUUCAAUCCAUCUGAUCUCUUACUCACUGCAGAAAAUGUAGGGUUGCAUUCUUCACUUGAUGGCAGCCAUGGGAGCACUUCAAACAGGAUUUCAGGAGAAGUUCGUCAAUACAGAAGAAACAGUUCUGAUUCAUCAUCUUCAAGUUUUGGAGGCAGCAGAUGGAAAAGAACACCGAAGGCUACCUCCCAGAGACCUUUCAAGCUUAGAACAGAGCAAAGAGGAAGAACAAAACAAGAAGAGUUCAUGAAGAAAGUCCAGGAGUAGAUAAUUCAACAACAAAAGCAACGAAUUCCCAUAGCUCAAGGCCUCCCAAUUACUACCGAUGAACCAGAGUGUCUGGUGAAACCACCUGUGAAAGAAAGUACAAAACGGAUCGAUCUUGUGUUGCAUAGUGAUGUGAGGGCAGUUAAGCGUGCUGAGUUUGAUCAUCAUAUGCAAGAAAAGCUCUCUUAUGUUGAGCAAUAUAAGCUGGAAAGAGAAAAGCUGCAAAAGUUGGAAGAAGAGGAAGAAUUAAAGAGGUUAAGGAAGGAACUUGUACCAAAGGCUAUGCCUUACUUUGAUAGACCUGUCAUCCCAAGAAGGUAACUAAAUGUGGGACCCACUAUUUUACCCAUAGUAGCAACAUACUCAACAUACUUACAUUUGGUCAUCUGGAAGAUGACAAUCACUUCUAGAUAAUCCCUCCUCAUAAUUGUAAACUAGAUCUGUGAGGAUCGAUUGGGGCGGGUAGUUUUAGGUUUGAGGGUCUAGAGAUAUCCAAAUCGGAGGCACAUUUAUAUUGUUUGGUAACAGUUUGUUUUACAGUAUUAUUGAAGUAUAUAUUGUUUGGUAACAUUGUGGGAUUGAAAUCUUUAUGUAUUCACCAAGUUCCCAAUCUGAUCCACUCGGGUCAUUAGUGUAAAUUGAUGUAAUGUCUGUUUAUGUUUAUGUUUCUAUAUUGACGAUGACAUGUCAAGUUUUAUAAAUAAAACACAACUCUUGGAAA